UCACUAGUACCACACCAGUCACUUCACGUAAUUUGUUUUGUGACCGAUGGACAUAUACAUAUGUAGGUAUCUAUCACCUACAUACAUAUGUUAUACAUAUAAAACUACGAAUAUAUAGAAUGUCACUAAAUAAACAAAGAUAUCUACAUUAAAAACAAUGUGAAUUGUGAAUUCCAAAAUAUCUAUGUGACAUAUUGAAACGUAUACAUUUCUUCGUAACCCGAGUGCAAGUGUCUUGCGCAUGCGACGAAACAAUUACAGGUACGCAGACAUCGAAACCUCGAGAAAAUAGGAAAAAAGUAAAAUUCCUUGGCAGCAUUUCAGUGAUCGAAAUUUGAAAAAAAUGUCAUUCGCCGAAUGAUUAUAAAAGCAUUGGAUGCUCAUCGUUUGUCCGUAUGGUACCGAUUAUGCUAAAUAUAUUAUUAUAAAGAUAUGCUAAAGAUCAUUUCCAAGAAGACCAAGCCGUUAGCAUCCGAGGUCUUGACGAGUUACCUGCUCCAAACAAAUGAGCCACCAUGGACAUCGUAUUUCGUUAAGUAUACCGAUGUUGUGAAUGAUCAAAAAGGGAUGUCUCACUUCAAUUGGCCAGUAGGCAACAGCAAUUAUCACGUACUUAGAACUGGCUGUUUCCCAUACAUUAAAUAUCACUGUACCAAGAGGCCACAACAAGACCUCAACCUCGAGGACAAAUUUUUCAAAGCGAUCAAGCUAUUGAACCUUGGUAUACCUACAUUAAUGUAUGGAUUGGCAGCAAUUUUCUUAAUUAGACACCGAGAAAUCGUGAGAACAUCUCAAGGGGAUGUGGUGAUCCAUUUCUUAUUGCCAGAGGACAAGGGUUCUAUGUACUGAUAUAUUUGUAGACACUGUCUUGUUAAUAUAUCGAGGUAAUUUUUAAUGUAACCAAAUAAAAAAGUUAUAGGAUCUGACGU